AUGAGUUUCUUCAGACGUCCCCAGGACUCUAACCUACACGGCCGAACCCGACGACGAGGACGGAGGCGCUGCUGCAUCUUCCAUCUGCCGGGCGGCGAGGCGGUGACAUUGCGGUUGACGAUGAGCUCGGAAAAGGACGAGGAUACCACGCCCCGCCAGCGACUAUCGUGCUCCAAAUAUUUUGAUGCGCUGUGGUUUUGCUACUCUCCGGUCCACCAGAUGCAGCAGUACUACCGGCUUGGUUCCCUCGAUAAUUGCUCGGGAAAAUGGGGUGCCCUUUACGACUGUUUAAACCUUAAAACCAAAAGAGCUUCGGAAGUUGAGGAAAUUUUGAAGACUCGUGAGAAAUCUGUUCCUCAUAUAUGGUCCUUUCGGUCCCCAAAGGAGGCGAGAUACCAUUGGCAGAAACUCUUCGGGCAUUUAGAUGAACAGGAAUAA